UAGAAAGGCGUGUUUGCCCAGUGGUGAAGACAGCCGAGCUCUUCGAUGGAACGCGCGUUCGCUCGAUGGAGAAAACAGUUGACGUAGACUAGGCGGCUGAGCGCCGAGUUCUUCGAUCGAAGGCCAAGGGCCUGAGGAGGAUUUCAUGACAGGGAAUCCGGCUGAGGAACAAGGCGGGCGAUGCUCGUGAGGCCUCUCGGGCCAGGCUGUGGCUGAACAUGUCUGUGCUCCACCGGGCUUUCCCCUCUGGGGUUGUCGCCACAGCUGCUGCCAGAGCGAAUCUGUGGAGCCUUAGCUUGGCGGCACCGGGAAGCCCGGUAUUUAGAAGGAAUGCAUGUAACCAGUCUGGCGCAUCAGUUUCAUUACCAGAGGAACAGAAGGCACGUUUGCAAAAUGGACCUGAUUUACAGGACUUUGUAUCUGGGGAACUUUCAGACAAGAGUAAUUGGGCAAAAUAUAAAGGCAGUUUAAAGCGGCAGAAAGGAGAAAGACUACGACUUCCUCCAUGGCUGAAAACAGAGAUCCCAAUUGGAAAGAAUUACAACAAAUUGAAGACUACAUUGCGGAAUUUAAAUCUCCAUACGGUAUGUGAGGAAGCACGUUGUCCAAAUAUCGGUGAGUGUUGGGGAGGAGGAGAGUAUGCUACUGCUACAGCAACUAUAAUGCUAAUGGGGGAUACGUGCACAAGAGGUUGUCGGUUCUGCUCAGUCAAGACAGCCAGAAGUCCUCCUCCGUUAGAUCCCGAGGAACCAUAUAACACAGCAAAAGCAAUAGCUGAAUGGGGUCUGGAUUAUGUUGUGCUGACUUCUGUCGACAGGGAUGAUAUUCCUGAUGGUGGAGCAGCACACUUUGCAAAAACAGUAUCACACUUAAAAGAAAGGAAUCCGAAAAUUCUAGUGGAAUGCUUAACCCCCGACUUUCGAGGAGAUCUUGAGGCUGUAGAGAAAGUUGCUGUGUCGGGACUAGAUGUAUAUGCUCACAAUGUGGAGACAGUUCCAGAAUUACAGAGACAAGUUCGAGAUCCUCGAGCCAAUUUUGACCAAUCCCUGAAUGUUCUGAAGCAUGCUAAGAAGGUGCAACCUGAUGUAAUUUCAAAAACAUCCAUCAUGCUGGGCCUGGGUGAAACAGAUGAACAAGUACUCACAACCUUGAAAUUAUUACGUGACGCAGAUGUUGACUGUUUGACCUUAGGACAAUACAUGCAACCCACAAAACGUCACCUAAAGGUGGAUGAAUAUAUCACACCUGAGAAGUUUAAAUACUGGGAAAAAGUAGGAAAUGAUCUUGGAUUUCAUUACACUGCCAGUGGGCCUCUUGUGCGCUCUUCAUACAAAGCAGGUGAGUUUUUCUUGAAAAAUUUAGUCGAGAAGAGGAAGACAAAAGUGAUCUAAAACAACACAUGCCUGGAGGAAUUGCCAGUACUGCUUUAACGUAUAGUAUUCCCGGUGGCAGCAUCACGAAGAAACUGACUGAUACGCAUUCAGCUGGCUUUUGCGGACCUCAGAAUUAAACCUAGCCUCGAAGUAUCCAGAUUAUCGUUGAACUCUUGCAUGCUUUAAUACAGUAAAAAUAUAAUAUGUAUUCAAAUAACAAUGUCAAAUGGCAGAACCCAACCAAAGGUAAAUGCUGUAAAUUCUGGAAGAAGAUAUUUAAAUGCAGAUCUAACCUGUUCAUUCAAAUAAGACUUAAAGCACUUACAUAUGUCUGGAUCAUUAUCGCAGAGUCCCUAUCAUAAUUCGUGCCUUUUGAGAUUUAUCUGGUACUUGUGCAGUGUAAAAAGUCUGAUGCUGUGUAGACACUGCACGGUGAACACAGUUAGAUCUUACUGCCAGAUGUGACUAAGAGUGGAUGCAGUGAUGGUGUGUAUUGUCCUGGCAGUGUGAGCCCAUUCAGAACCUUUCACUGUGCAGCAGGAAGGGGCCAGUGACACGAUGCCCAUAAUUAAAUGCAGUUGGUUC